UGAAUUUGGUUCACACAAAUAAACGAAAAAGUUGGAGACGCAUGUUAUGUACAUUCAAAGGAUAAGAAAGAAAUAAAGAAAGAAAGAGAGAAAGAAGACGCCACCAUGACCAAGAAGUUGAUUCUCUCUUUCUUGCUGCUUCUAUUGCUAAAUUCACCUCCAUUAAUCUUCACCGAGGAGGACAAAUUUAGCAGAAAUGACUUCCCACCUCACUUUGUAUUUGGUGCAAGCUCAUCUGCCUAUCAGUAUGAGGGUGCAGCAUUUGAAGAUGGAAGAACUCCUAGCAUCUGGGAUACUUUUGCUCAUGCUGGGCGUGUGCAUGGAGCCAAUGGAGACAUUGCAUGUGAUGGGUACCACAAAUACAAGGAAGACGUCCAACUCAUGGUGGAAACAGGCUUGGAGGCCUAUAGAUUCUCCAUCUCAUGGCCAAGACUCAUCCCUAAUGGAAGAGGUCCUGUCAACCCAAAGGGUUUAGAAUAUUACAACAAUCUCAUCAAUGAACUUAUCUUCUACGGAAUUCAGCCACACGUUACAUUAUUACAUAAUGAUCUGCCACAGGCUCUUGAAGAUGAAUAUGGAGGAUUGCUUAGUCGAAAAAUUGUGAAAGACUUCACAGCAUAUGCUGAUGUGUGCUUUAGAGAAUUCGGUGAUAGAGUUUUGUAUUGGACCACUUUCAAUGAGGCCAAUAUAUUUGCCUUAGGUGGGUAUGAUGCGGGACUAACACCCCCCGGGCAUUGCUCUCCCCCAUUUGGGAUGAACUGUACUAGUGGUAACUCCUCAUCUGAGCCAUACAUUGCCGCUCAUAAUAUCUUGCUGGCACACUCAUCAGCUGCAAGAUUGUACAAGAAAAAUCACCAGGCCAGGCAACGUGGAUUCAUAGGAAUAAAUCUCUUUGCAUAUUGGUUUAUUCCUUAUACAAAUGCAACAGAAGAUGUGAUUGCAACUCAAAGAGCCAACGACUUUUAUGUUGGUUGGAUUGUCAAUCCUAUGGUAUUUGGAGACUAUCCCUACAUAAUGAAGAAGAAUGCAGGAAGAAGAAUACCAGCCUUCACCAAGCUUGAAUCCAAACAAGUCAAGGGCUCAUUUGACUUUAUAGGAUUGAACCAUUACAACACGCUAUAUAUCAAGGACAACCCCAGCAGCCUGAAAAGGGAUGACAGGGAUUUCAACGCGGACAUGGCAGCAAAAAUCACGUACCAAAGCGAGACACUGCAUGAUGUGUUCCCUAUUAGACCCUGGGGUUUGGUAGGAAUACUGGAGUACUUCAAGCAAGUUUAUGGCAACCCUCCAAUAUACAUCCAUGAAAAUGGUCAAAUGACGCGACGCAAUACAACACUGAAUGACACACCAAGGGUGAAUUAUCUACAUGGUUUCAUUGGGAGUUUGCUUGAUGCUUUGAGGAAUGGAUCAAACACAAGGGGGUAUUUCACAUGGUCCUUCUUGGAUUUAUUUGAGUUAUUGGAUGGCUAUGAAUCGAGCUUUGGCCUGUACUACGUAGAUCUGGAAGACGAGGAUCUGAAAAGAUACCCUAAGCUUUCUGCACACUGGUACUCCAAUUUUUUGAAGGGAAGGAGCAUCAGUCUGGAUGGAACUAUUGAAGUUGAAAAGAUGUCUGCUAUUUCUGAGUCUCACUUUUCUCAGUAGGUUCUGCUGUGCACAGCUGCAUGUUGGUUUCAAAAGGAAUGUUAGAUAUUCUUUUUCUUGGUAUCUUUGAUUAGUUUUGUGCUUACUCUUAUGAACCAACGAAAUACUGAGGGGUUCGAUAAUCAAUAUUCCUUUUUUCAUCAAUUCUGUAAGAGUUAAAUUCUUUUGAAUCAGCUUUAUAUCCAGACCUAUUUCUCUCCUUUGGAUCGAGAAUAUAGCAAUUUGUAAUGUAAAAUAAAUUUGUGACAUAUUCAUCAUGGACAACUUGCUUUCUUAUAAUAUUAGAGAGAGGGAAUGUGAUUCCUUGUUUUGAACAA